AAAAUAUAGCCAUCAGUGCAGUGUGAUCGUGGAGGCCUUGUCGAGCGCGUCUCGUCACUAUGUAUAAAUAUAUUGCUCUGUGUGUGUGUGUCUGCUUGUGCGGCGUCGCUGCAGACCUUAACAAGGAAGAAGGAGAACCUUGUGAAUGGGAGGGAGUCAAUGGCCGAUGCGUGAAGGAAACGAGAUGCGUUUCCACUUUAUACAAGAAAGGAAUACAUCCCAUUUGCUCGACUGAAGGCGAUGUGAAAAUUAUCUGCUGUACCGACUGCGAAUUGGUGAAUGACACGAGGAAUAUGGUAGCGCUGCCAUACGGAAAAUAUAUAUUUAAGGAAAAAAUGAAGAACAAUCCAGCACGACGUUGUCUGGAAUGCGCAACGAUUGCGUGGUACACAUAUGAUACUAAAAGAUUAUGGAGUUAUUAUUAUGAUGAAAAGCAAAAAUGCCAUAAAUUUACAGAGAAAAUGAACGAAAUUGAUUUAAGUUUCCAUCAUUCUAUUGCCCCGUGUCACGAAUAUCCUAACCAGGCUGUCUUGGGCUAUGGCGAUGAUCUCUCCGACGCGUUCUGGCUCGCAGGAGGUAGCAUACUCAGCGAUAGAUUCAUACUCACAGCGGCCCAAACUGGAGAAAUCGGGGUAUCGGGACUUAAGGUGAAAUUUGUGGCGUUGGACGUGAAACACCUCUCGGAAUCUCCAUCUUCCUGGCAGACACACAAAGUGAAGAGAUUCAUCCCCCACCCGGAGUACAAGGCACCUUCCAAGUACCAUGACAUCGCUUUGAUUGAGACCGAAACUCCAAUAAACUUCACUCGCAAUGUUUUGCCAGCAUGCCUGUUACCUGAAAAUGUUGACCUUGAUUACGCUAGAUCCAUCACCUGGAGAGACGUGGCAGGAAAUGAUUAUUACAACAUAGCUGACAACCUGCAGACUAUUCAUUUGGAUAAGUUCAGUGCCGAAGAAUGCAAGAACGUUUAUGAGAACCACAGAGCCCUCCCUGAUGGAUUGGAUGAUAACACUCAAAUGUGUUAUGGUAGCUAUACCAUGGACCCAGCGGCUUGUAUGAGUAUGGCUGGGGAGCCGCUCAUGACCUACAAGGACUUCGACUAUUGUGUCCACAUCGUUCUCGGCGUGACUUCGUUUGGUCGUGGUCGAUGCGGCCGUAGUUCCCAGAAGCCAGAUGUAUUUACAAGGGUUACAGCCUACAGGUCCUGGAUCGAAAGUAUUGUAUGGCCCGAUCAGGAGACGGGUGAAGCUGGAAACUGGACUGAAAGUUUUGAAGAAUAAAAGUGUUGUUAUUUU